CGGGGGCGGGCCCAGGCAGGAGCCGCCGCCGCCGCCCGGCCGGGAAGCGAUGUAGGAGCCGCAACCCGUCUCCCCGUGUCCCGCCGGCAGAGCCCGGGCCCUGCCGCCGCCAUGAAGAAGCAGUUUAACCGCAUGAAGCAGCUGGCCAACCAGACCGUGGGCAGAGCUGAGAAAACCGAAGUCCUCAGUGAAGAUCUGUUACAGAUCGAACGGCGCCUGGACGCAGUGCGGUCAAUGUGCCACCAUUCUCACAAGCGCCUGACGGCAUGUUUCCAGGGCCAGCAUGGUACGGAUGCUGAGAGGAGACACAAAAAGCUCCCUCUGACAGCUCUUGCUCAGAACAUGCAAGAGGCAGCGACACAACUGGAAGACUCUCUCCUCGGGAGGAUGCUGGAGACGUGUGGCGAUGCCGAGAAUCAGCUGGCUCUAGAGCUCUCUCAGCAUGAGGUCUUUGUGGAGAAGGAGAUUGUGGACCCGCUGUAUAACAUAGCAGAGGUGGAGAUUCCCAACAUCCAAAAACAGAGGAAACAGCUUGCCAAGUUGGUGUUAGACUGGGACUCGGUCAGAGCCAGGUGGAACCAGGCUCACAAAUCUUCAGGAACCAACUUUCAAGGGCUUCCUUCAAAAAUAGAUACCCUAAAGGAAGAGAUGGAUGAAGCUGGAAAUAAAGUAGAACAGUGCAAGGAUCAGCUUGCAGCAGAUAUGUACAACUUCAUGGCCAAAGAAGGGGAGUAUGGCAAGUUCUUUGUCACGUUAUUAGAAGCCCAAGCAGAUUACCAUAGAAAAGCAUUAGCAGUCUUAGAAAAGGCCCUUCCCGAAAUGCAAGCCCAUCAAGAUAAGUGGGCAGAGAAGCCAGCCUUCGGGACUCCUUUGGAAGAACACCUGAAGCGGAGCGGCCGGGAGAUCGCGCUGCCCAUCGAAGCCUGUGUGAUGCUGCUGCUAGAGACAGGCAUGAAGGAGGAGGGCCUUUUCAGAAUUGGGGCAGGAGCCUCCAAAUUAAAGAAACUGAAAGCUGCUUUAGACUGUUCUACUUCCCACCUGGAUGAGUUUUAUUCAGACCCCCACGCUGUAGCAGGUGCUUUAAAGUCCUACUUACGGGAGUUGCCUGAACCUUUAAUGACUUUUACUCUGUAUGAAGAAUGGACACAAGUUGCCAGCGUGCAGGAUCAAGACAAAAAACUUCAAGAUUUAUGGAGAAUAUGUCAGAAGUUGCCACCACCAAAUUUUGUUAACUUUAGGUAUUUAAUCAAGUUCCUUGCAAAGCUUGCUCAGACCAGCGACAUUAAUAAAAUGACUCCCAGCAAUAUUGCCAUUGUAUUAGGCCCUAACCUGUUAUGGGCCAAAAAUGAAGGGACGCUGGCUGAGAUGGCAGCUGCCACCUCUGUGCAUGUGGUUGCGGUGAUCGAACCCAUCAUUCAGCACGCCGACUGGUUCUUCCCUGAAGAGGUGGAAUUUAAUGUAUCAGAAGCAUUUGUACCUCUUGCUCCCCCAAAUUCCAAUCACUCAUCCCACACUGGAAAUGACUGUGACGCGGGGACGCUGGAGAGGAAGCGACCUGCCAGCAUGGCCGUGAUGGAAGGGGACUUGGUCAAGAAGGAGAGCUUUGGUGUGAAGCUUAUGGACUUCCAGGCCUACCGGCGGGGUGGCACCCUAAAUAGAAAGCACGUAUCCCCUGCUUUCCAGCCGCCACUCCCGCCCACAGAUGGCAGCACCCUGGCUACAGCAGGCCCAGAGCCCCCUUCCCAGAGCUCUAGGGCUGAAAGCGGUGCAGAGGGUGGGCCUGUCCCCUCCUCUGCGGGCAUACUGGAGCAGGGGCUGAGCCCCGGCGACAGCAGUCCUCCCAAAGUCAAGGACUCUGCAGCUGCAGCUGUGCCUGCAUCCGUUCCAGGGAGAAACAGCAGUCAGGUGGCCAGUGGCCAAAGCCAGGGGCAGACAGCUGCCGGCUCCCAUCAGCUCUCUGUCAGCCCAGCGCAUGGGCCCACCGGCUCCAGCCCUCACACGUUGCGCCGAGCUGUCAAGAAACCUGCUCCAGCACCUCCGAAACCAGGAAACCCACCUCCUGGCCAUCCGGGGAGCCAGAGUUCCCCAGGGGCAGCGCAGCAGGCACCCAGCUUGUCACUGAAGCCGGCCACCGGAAGUCCAUCUCCUCCCAGCCAGCACGCAGGCCCAGCCCCCGGGCAGCCGUCGGCCACCUCGCAGCAGUGUGCACCCCGGAGAUCCUCAGGCAGCCUGGCUCCUAUGCACGCGCCCAGUCACCCGCCGCCGCAGCCCCCCACGCAGGCCCCACAGGCCCACACCAGGCUAGGUGGCCAGGGUCUGCCAGCUGAGCAGGGACUGGAGCAGUCCGCACACACCCCGCCCAGGACGCCCACGCCCCCCAGCACUCCGCCCUUAGCGAAGCAGAGCCUGGGCCUGCCGGCCUCCCAGCCCCCCGCAGGGGGCCACCCUGAGACUGCGCAGCCACAUGCUGGGACCUUACCACGACCGAGACCAGUACCAAAGCCCAGGAACCGACCCAGUGUGCCCCCACCCCCUCACCCUCCUGGUGCCCACCCAGCGGGGGACAGUAGCCUUUCCAGUGCAGUGCCCACCGCCUCCAAAAUAGUAACGGACGCCAAUUCUAGGGUGUCAGAACCGAUUCGCAGUGUCUUUCCUGAAACGCAUCCCGACUCAGCAAGCAAAGACCUGCCUGGCCGCGUUCUGUUGGAUAUGGACAAUGAUACAGAAAGUACCGCCCUGUGAAGAAAGCCACCACAGCCCAUGACCCCUUCCACCCUUGUGAGUGGAAUGGGGCAGGCAGACAUUGACCUCUGCAGACCAAACAGUGAGCAGCUUACAAUCGAGGGAAGGAAGAAGCCUGACCACAUAGCGCUUUGCCUUCCAGCAGCCCAGUGACAGAGUGGAGGCUGACACUUAAAGCUGAAUGACCUGUGUCCUGAAGAAGCUGGCUUUCUUUGCAUAGGAAAGAAAUGACGCCAAACAAAACAAAACAAAACAGAAACCUGGAGUAGAAAGAGUAGAAAUGUGGAGCUUUGUGACUGCCGUCACUGCAGGCGACGCCAACGGCAAUUUGGAAUGAAUGGGAAAAGCAACAUGUUAUUCUCUAUUUAAUAAAGCACAUUCAUUACACAACUCGCCUCCUUCCUGCUACUUGGACUUCAUUCUGCUGCAGAGUCAUUUUAUAUGAAGUACAAUCCUAUGUGUCCCUGACCCCUCACAGCUGUGAGCAUCUAUGGUGACUGCUGGAUCCGUCACCACAGCAAACUGGAUGUAACUUGUACCUUGUUGGAUUGCCAGAAUGUAGAAAGAAAUGGACUGUUCUUUUUUUAAAAACCAUGUAAUUGCUACUUCAUAAGGACCGAACAUUAUUAUAGUUUCAUGUUUAA